GCGGCGGCAGCAGGAGAAACAGCAUCUUUUCCUUUUUUCAUUCUAAACAUCCUGUGACUUCGCAUCCCUCAGUGGGAGAUGCUCAGGGCGGAGGAUGCGGCUCAGGGUGCGGGGCGGCGCGGGGCUGCGGUGGACCUCACGUGGGACAGAGGCUUGUUUUUGUUCUAACGCGGUGAGGACAGGUGCGUUUGUUUUCGUUAUCUAAAAAAAAAAAAAGAAAAGAAAAAGAUAAAUUCAAAAUGUCUAAGAGCAAACAGUGCGAGUCGGUGCGCGUGGUGGUGCGCUGCCGGCCCUUCGGCACCAGAGAGGCGGGGUGCGACAACAUCCUGGAGGUGGAUGGCAAACUGGGACAGAUCACCAUCAGGAACCCGAGGGCGCCACCUGAUGAGCCCAGGAAAGUGUUCACGUUCGAUUCCGUGCACGGGUGGGACUCCACGCAGAGCGACAUCUAUGACGACGCGGUGAGGCCCCUGGUGGAGUCCGUGGUGCUGGGCUUCAAUGGGACUAUAUUUGCCUAUGGACAGACGGGGACAGGUAAGACGCACACCAUGCAGGGGGUUGUCAGGGACCCGGAGGGGAGAGGGGUGAUACCCACCUCAUUCCAGCACAUCUUCACGCACAUCUCCAGGACCCAGAACCAGAAGUACCUGGUGAGGUCAUCCUAUCUGGAGAUCUACCAGGAGGAGAUCAGGGACCUGCUGUUCAAAGACAACAACAGGAAGCUGGAGCUCAAGGAACACCCAGACUUUGGCAUCUACGUGAAAGACCUGUCCUCGGUGGUGACGAAGAACGCCACGGAGAUCGAACAUGUCAUGAACCUGGGCAACCAGUCCAGGUCAGUGGGCUUCACCAACAUGAACGAACGCAGCUCCAGGUCCCACGCCAUCUUCCUCAUCACCGUGGAGUGCAGCGAGGUGGGGCCCGACGGCGAGGACCACAUCCGAGUUGGGAAGCUGAACAUGGUCGACCUGGCUGGCAGCGAGCGCCAGAGCAAGACGGGCGCCAAGGGGAAGCGGCUGAAGGAGGCAACCAAAAUCAACCUGUCCCUGUCGGCACUGGGGAACGUCAUCACAGCUCUGGUGGACGGGAAGAGCACCCACAUCCCCUACAGGGACUCCAAGCUGACCCGCCUGCUCCAGGACUCGCUGGGGGGCAACGCCAAAACUGUCAUGAUAGCAACCGUUGGGCCUUCGCACAAGAACUUCGAGGAGUCCCUGGCCACGCUCAGGUACGCCAGCAGGGCCAAGAACAUCAAGAACAAACCCCGGAUCAACGAGGACCCCAAAGACGCCCUGCUGAGGGAGUACCAGGAGGAGAUCGCACGCUUGAAGGCGCAGCUGGAGAAGCAAGGGAUGCUCGCAAAGGAGAGGAGGAGGAUUAGGAGAAAUAGCAAAAGGCUGAGCAGAAGCAUGGGAGGCGUUGAGGAGGGGAUGCUUACAGAGAGGGAGGCAGAGGUUUUGAGGGCCCUUCAGGGUGAACCAGACGGGAGGCUUUACCUGAAACAGGGCGACGACUGCCCCAGGAGACUGAUCUACCAGGGAGGCAGCGAGAGGCUGAGGCCCCUGAGUGAACACAGGAAGAGUGUGGAGGACAUGCAGUGGGAUCAGGAUGCUCUGGAGAAGAUCAUAGAGAAAUACAAGACUAUGGAGAGCAAACUGUUAGUCGGAGGAAAGACGAUAAUCGAUCACACCAAUGAACAACAGAAGACGCUGGAGUUGAAGAGGCAACUAAUUGCAGAACAGAUAAGGAGCGAGCGAGAGAUCCAGCAGCAGAUGAUGCUACAGGACGAGGAGACGGUGGAAAUGAAGGAGACCUUCUCCUCGAUGCAGCAGGAGGUGGAGCUGAAGACAAAGAAGCUGAGGAGGAUCUAUGCCAAACUCCAGCUGGUGAAGGGAGAGAUCAAAGACGUCAUUGAUGAACACGUCAUGACCAGACAGGAGCUGGAACAGACACAGACCGAGCUCACCAGGGAACUCAAGUACAAAUAUCUCUUGAUUGAGAAUUUUAUACCUCCUGAAGUAAAGAACAAGAUCAUGAACCGGCUGCACUUUGACGGUGAGGAGGACCAGUGGAGACUCAGGCCGGUGCUUCCACCAGAGAGUGCACCAAGUCGGGUCAAGAGACGUCCUCUGUCGGCCGUGGGAUACAAGAGGCCAAUCAGCCAUUAUGCACAGAUGGCUGUUACCACGGCAACUGGGGCCCCGUCGAGAUACCAGGCUGAGAACAUCAUGCUGCUGGAGUUAGACACGUCUCCACCGACCAUGUUCGCCUUGAACCUUAACGGCGCUCACCUGGAGAGGGCCUUCUCUCCGAGGCUGAUCGGGGAUCUGGUGCUGAACGCUCCGGUUAGAGAGAGGAGGGUCCGGAAGUCCCAGUCCUGGUAUCAAGCACCACAAGCAGCAUCUGUCACCUCAUCGUCCUCCUCCAGCGCUCUGACGUCAGCCUCUCAGAGCUUCUCUCCCUCUCACAGACGGAGACCUUCCUCUGCUGCCUUUCUCUCACUGGACGGUCCGGCUCACACAAGCCCCUGAUAUGUGUCCAUAGAUCUGUGUCUCUAGAUCUGUACUGCGGGAUUGACCUGAGCUCAGGGUGGCACCAGGUUCUCCAGGGGCAUUAAGGAGAGGUGUGGGGGGGGUGUGAGGCCUUCAUUUCCUUUCUUUACUUUUAAGUAAGAAUUAUUUUAGUCAGCACGUAUUCAACAUACCGGAGAGAUCCCUUAAAUCCAAAAGAAUGUCUGACACAUGAAUGCAGAGGAUGAAUCUGUUUGCUGGCUUUUCCCCCUCUGCUAGGCAGGUUAUGUUUUCACCCCGGUCUGUGUGGUUGUUUGUUUAUAUGCUAGAUUACGCAAAAAACAACUUGACGGAUCUCCACAAAACUUGGUGGAAGGAUGGAGUAUUUGUCGGGGAGGGACCCAUUAAAUUGUGGUUCAGAUCCUAGAUCAGGAGGCAGAUCUAGGAUUUCAUUUCUCCCUUUCUUUGACUUUGCGAGAUAGGUUGUUUUCAUUUGUUGUUUUUUACAUUUUCACCAUUUUCCUAAAGAUUAAUAAAUGUAUCUUGAUGGAAAAAAACAGGCACAUUUAGAGAACUUAUAUCUAUGAGUGGUUGAAAUUUAGCGCAACUUGACUGAAUCUAAAAGGACUGUUAGGCUUUUGGGGGGGCAGUGUUCGAAUCCAGGUUUGGCUGAGGUCUUUCUGGAGCUGCAUGUUCUCCCUGUGGUUGUGUGUGGUUUUCUCCAGAUACGUCUUCCCCCCACCCACUACUUCCCUGGGUGUGAGGUUAAUUGAAGACUCUUAAUUGACUGUAUGUGUCAAUGUGUAUGGUUGUUUGUCUCCUUAUGUUGACUCUGCGAUAUGCCAGGGACCUGAACCCCACCUGUCGCACAAAUACGAUUGGCUCCAGCUCUCCC